CGGCAGUCACGUGGCGGCCAUUAUUCUUCCGGUGCGCCAUGGCGGGCCCGCCGGCUGUUUUAUCGGCUUGGAGGAGCCGCUUAGGCGACCUCAAGAAGCUCCCGGGCAAGCAUCGCCCGAUCAAGCCGAAGCUGCCGCUGGUGCUGGCCGACCGCGUCUCGAACCGGCGCCUGAAGCUCGGAGAGGCAAGCUGUAUUACAGAGAUGGCGUUGAUGAUGGCUUGCUGGAAGGCGAAUGAGUUCAGUGACAGUGCUUGUGCUAAGGAAAUUAAUACAUUCUUUGAAUGUGCAGCAAAAGCAGAAGCAAAGCAAAAGGAGAAAACUCCAGAAGAAUCUUUAGGAAAUCUUGAUUCACAACAAGCCAACAAACUACUUGGACGGUUCCCAAAUAUUACAUACUUUUAUUAAAGAAAAUUGUUUUCCCAAA